UUCUACUGGUUGGAUUUCUGUCCCAGGGUGAUGAUGCAGACACCUGUACCUCGGUCACCGUGUGUUAGUGUCCGGACGGAGAAGUCCGUUUCAACAACAGGAAGACGGCACCAGAGCCCCAGGUUGACCCAGCGACUCUCCGUGUCAACGAUGUCAACGUUGGACAGUCAGGAUAUCUGGAAAGCCGUAGGUGCUGCGGUGUUGGGCUUCAUCUCUGGCGUACCUGGAGGUUACCUUCUGUCCUCCACAAUGGCAGCAGAACUCGGUGUCCUGGGGCCUCCACCAGAAGACAUGAACAGAGAACCGGAGGCAGACAAAGGGCUCAUCACCUUCCUGACCCUGUCGAUAGCAAUGUCCCUGAUGUUGUUUCUGCCCAUGGCAGUCGGAGGAACACUGUGCCUCGCUGCCUCCAUGGCAAUCAGGAAGGCCGGGCAGACGGAGCCGGACGCGACGGAGGUGGCUGCGGUCGUAGCCGUGGUUCUGAUGGGGACCUCUGCCGUCUGCGGUGGCGUGGGGUUCCUCUUGGAAACCGCCGUAGGACAACUGACUGACGUCCUCACCGUGUACCAAUACACGGUAGAAAUGGCUGUGAAAGUCAUGUUUAUCGUCGUGUCCCCUUUCAUGGCUGCGUUGGCAGCAGGGGUGUCGGUUCAGUUCGGUAAAGGAGCAGUCAAACUGAGGGCGGCGGCAGGCAUAGGAACGGGGAUAUUAGCUGCCUUGAGGUCCCAGUCUAUCCUGGGGCAUUGGGGCACGAUGGGGGCUCUGUUUGGUCCGGCGGCGUCUGCAGGGGUGGCUCUGUCUGCGGCUCUAAGGCGCAGCAGUAGCAGCUACGGGAAGGCAGGGAGGCUGGGGGCCACACUGGGGGCCACACUGGGGGCCAUGUGCGCCACGUGGUUCGGGAGAUGGACUCUGAGUUAUUUCACGGUGUGGAUUUUAAUAUGGAUCUUUCUGAUCUCGCUGCUGUCCUUAGUGGUUGUGGAUCCCACCAGGCCGGCUAAUCAAGGGGAGAGAAUCUCAGAUACAAUGUCAGCAGAGGAGAUCUAGUCUCUAAAUGUUUCCUAUACCCAUUCGAGACAGUAGAUGUGCUACCUUUAAAAAAAAACGAAACAAAAUCUAAGGCCAUGUUUAUAUGAGCCCCUUUCAUUGAAGCCCUUAGUGGUCGCUCCCGAGUGGUGCAGAGGUCUAAGUCACUACAUCUCAGUGCUGGAGACGGCACUACAGACCCUGGUUCGAUUCCAGGCUGUAUCAGAAAGCAGAGAACCAUUCACACAGACUCAAACCUGCAUUUAGGCUCCAGGGUGAAAACGCAGGAACCGUGACUAGUGGCUUCUAUUUCUCCAUGUGUUCUCAGUCAGUCAGUCAGCCAGUCAGUCAGUCAGUCAGCCAGUCAGUCAGUCAGCCAGCCAGUCAGUUAGUCAGCCAGUCAGCCAGUCAGUCAGUCAGUCAGCCAGCCAGUCAGUCAGUUAGUCAGUCAGUCAGUCAGUCAGUCAGUCAGCCAGUCAGUUAGUCAGUCAGUCAGUGAGUCAGUCAGCCAGUCAGCCAGUCAGCCAGUCAGCCAGUCAGUCAGUCAGUCAGCCAGUCAGCCAGUCAGCCAGUCAGUCAGCCAGCCAGCCAGUCAGUCAGCCAGCCAGCCAGCCAGCCAGCCAGUCAGUCAGUCAGCCAGUCAGCCAGUCAGCCAGUCAGUCAGCCAGCCAGCCAGUCAGCCAGCCAGCCAGCCAGCCAGCCAGUCAGUCAGUCAGUCAGCCAGUCAGUCAGCCAGUCAGUCAGUCAGUCAGACAGUCAGCCAGUCAGUCAGCCAGCCAGUCAGUCAGUCAGUCAGCCAGUCAGACAGUCAGUCAGUCAGCCAGUCAGCCAGCCAGUCAGUUAGUCAGUCAGUCAGCCAGUCAGUCAGCCAGCCAGUCAGUCAGCCAGCCAGUCAGUCAGCCAGUCAGUCAGCCAGUCAGUCAGCCAGUUAGUCAGUCAGUUAGUCAGUUAGUCAGUCAGCCAGCCAGUCAGUUAGUCAGUCAGUCAGUCAGUCAGUCAGCCAGUCAGUCAUCCAGUCAGUCAGUCAGCCAGUUAGUCAGCCAGUCAGUCAGCCAGUUAGUCAGCCAGUCAGUCAGUCAGUCAGCUAGUCAAAAAGAAACCCUUAUUUUCUGUUCAUUCCAGAUAUACCAAUAACCUGGUAUAAAACAUGCAGGUAAAUUAGUGGGAUUUUGGUCUGUGUGUGAAAGGGGUAUAUUUUUCAUGCCUUUGUCGUCAUUGUAUUUGUCACCUGUAAAUACCAGGACUCCAGGUCAUCAUUGUAAAUAAGAAUGUGUUUUUUAAUUAACCGACUCGCCUGGUUAAACAACGGUUAAAUAUAAAAUAUUAAAAUUGUCAAUGGAAUGGG